AAAAAACAAAAGAUUUACUCCAAGAAAAAUCGUAACAGUUACAAACUACACGAGCAAUUUAAAUAACCCCACUUUUUUAUGAUUAAGUAUGAGACAAUAGAUAGCGGGGUUUAACUUUCCUGCAGACAAAUUGAUGGUCCAAAUGCUAAAGCAUGCUUAAAAGCCAUCAUUAAAGGACUAAAUAUACAAGCAAGCAUGGCCUAAUCUUGCAAGAAAUCACCCUUCCUGGUCCCUCUUGAUCUUCUCUACAGAUUACAGCGAUCCAAAUUUAGCUUAACAAGAUCCAUUCAGUAAACAAAGCAACACUAAUCAAGCUCAAAAAAUUGGUAACUUUUGUAGGAAACAUUAUAUUACUAGCUAACAAAACUAGCCAUAUUUGAUAUUUCUAGUCCUGCUCAUAUUUUUACAUUUGCUCAUCUGGCCUCUAUAGUUGAGUAACUUGAGUGUAAAUGCUGAAUAGAUCUUCUGAGAGCUCGAUUCGUGGAUUCGUGCUCUUGGACUUCCAAAGAGCCAGAGAAACAUUGUUAAUCAAGCAAAAGAAGAUCAAAGGGGGUGGUUUCGGUGUGACAGCAGAAGUUUGAAGUAGGGAAAUUUCUCAGAAAAACAGAAAGUAGCUUAGUUUACAUAAUUAGUAAUAGUACUAAACUACUAAUUUUGGUGUGUCAAGAGUUGAUUUAAAAUGCAAGUUGGAGGGAAAAGUGCCAUGUGGUAAGCUCAGAAGACUUCACAUGGUUUCUCUUACUCCAAAGUUAUCUCUCUAUUAAAUGCUACAAAAACUAGGUACCUGAAAAACCAGUUUAUGGGUUUUUCAAGAGAGAAUCCUCUGUUAUUUACUCUGAAUUUAUAGCCUAGUUUAUUCUUUAAGUACUUUCUGAUAGUGAGUUCAAAGGGUCUCAUUUUCUCUCUUCAUAUAUGAUACUGAUUUUGAUUUUCUCUUUUCGGAUAUAAUGUUCGUUUUCGUGUCGAACAUAUUCCACUUGAUAUCAUUGAAGAAACUAUCCAACUCCCAAAGAGCUUAAACUCGAGUGUUUUUGGUAGUACUGUGUUUGUUCUUGGACUAAACAUUUCGUUGUUUCGUCGUAGCCAGACAUCAGUUUGUUUAUCACAUUUUUAGAUCCAAAACACCAUCAACCCAAUUGAGUGUUCUUCUAUUCAAAGAAGAAGAAAUGGCAGCUUGUUCAUGUUUAGUCAGAAAUCCACUUCCUUGGCUUGCUGCCCUUGGAUGUUUAUUUGUCUGUUCUCAAUCUCUAGGCUUCGGGUUUCUUACUAUCUUCCUUACAUCAUCAGCUAUUAUUCUAUGUCCUGUAAUUCUUUGUCGCUUAAAGCUAUACGAGCAGAAAUCAACACGGAGAGAGUCAUGUACGCGUUCCAUUGAAGAGUUUGUUUCCGAAUCAAGUCAUCAACAGACAGUCAGCCCGGUGAAUGAGUCUUUGGAAGAAGAAGAAGAAGCAGCUGAGAGUAAAAUUCAUGAAACAAUACAGGAAAAUGUUUCUAGAUUGGAAGAAGAGGAAGUAUCAAAGCACAAAAUACAGCAGAAUGAAAAUCACAGGUCACCAGAAAUACUGCUGUCUGACAGUGAAAGUGUUGAUCACACAACUUCGAGUGAGGAUUCAGAAAACGAUUCUAUGUUCAGAGAAAAUCUGAGUCACAGCACAAACUAUUCAGACGGGUCAAUCUCAGACGAAGAGAGUCUAAUAGAAAUUGCGCUUCCAACAGGCCACUAUGUUGACUCAAAGAUAUCACAAGAACCAUCCUGGUAUGGAUUUCAGCAUCAGAAAUGGUCAGACUGCUCAUUAAAAUCCCAUUUCAGACAGAAAAAUUGGAUGGAGAUGCUAAACGAGAUGAAUGAAGAAAACUUCAUCGAAAUCGAUCUCUGCAUGGGAUCCAUCAAGUGUUCAAGGUUUGAAAUUCAAGCAUAAUCAUCAAAAAUUCAUACACAAAAAUUUUACUCCCAAUCGCGGUUGGGAAUUAAUUCACUAGUACUUCUUGUUCAUUAGCCCUUAAUUUUUUAUCCGGUCACGGAUUUUUCCUCCCCUUGUUGGGGGUAUAGCGUAUUAAGAUUUCGAAGCAUGCUUGUGUUACAUCGUUAAACUUUAGUGCUUGUUUCGCAUUCACCUCGGAUGCCAUUUGAAGCACAAAGUAUAUUUCUUUUUGCUAAAUCUUACUGUGAUUAAAGUAAUUAAAACUCUGACAGCCAUUUCUGUUUUA